GUACGCCUCCUCCUCCGAGCCCGACAUGGAGCCGCCGGUAACCACCGAGAGCCGCCGCCGCCGCCAGAGCGCCGCCCCCGCCGCCGCCGCCGCCCUCGAGCGCCCCCUGGCGGGGCGGACCCCCGCCGCCCUCCCUCAGUCCCUCCAGCCCUCUGCUUCCGGGUCUCUCCCCGCAGCCGUUGCCAUGGCAGCGGGGAGCUGGUUGGCGGGCGGCGCUGCCUGUCAGCGAGCGACGCCUUCCCAUUGGCCGAGACUGGAGAAGGAGGGAGGGGCUGAUGAAGCGAUGGAGGGCGGCGAGGCGAGCGGCGGGCUGCUGCAGCAGAUCCUCAGCCUGCGCCUGGUGCCGCGCUCCGGGAACGGCACCGCCGCCUACUCCAACCCGCUGGCGGCCUUCUCAGGUGCUGCCAUCGCAGGAGUUUACAGAGCUGCAGGGAAAAACAUGAUUCCCUUCGAAGCCCUCAUUUUAGGAGUGGGCCAGACGUUCUGUGUGGUGGUGGUUUCGUUCCUACGGAUUUUAGCCACUCUCUAGCUGUUCUUCAAUGCUAGCGCUUGAAAAUGGAAGGGACCCCAAACAUCUGCCCCGUGCCAGGGCUGUGUGAAGCAGAUAACGAGGGAGCGCAACUCGAGGGGUGCCUCGGCCUGCGCUUCCUCCCCUGCUCGAGGCUGUGUGAAGGCUUUCUGCCUCCAGGCCGGUGGCAGAGCCUGACCUGAAGGGCUGCGUGCCACAAACGUGCGCUGGAGAACGUGCUUUCUGUAACGUCUGUUGCUCCUGUACCACCGUAACGGCUGGGUUAGCGCCCCCGGCACCGCUGAAGCUGUGCCACCGGUCCCGAGCAAACACCUGCAAGCAACGCCCAGCGCUGGCUGCUUCCCGGCCAAAAUGCGCCGCUAAACGGGUCCCCGGUCUGCUUUAGAAAUUGAGAUGAGAAUUGUUAAUUUUGUUACGUUUUCGUAACGCUAAGUGCCAAGUGAAACUUUAUUUCCCUGGAGGAGGCUCAGCUACCUUCUGCAGGUGGCAAAUUGUGGCAGCAGCAGGGCAUAACUGAACAGCAGCCACGCCUGGUGUGGUGCCU